ACAUAAAUAUGUGACGAAUAAAAUUUUAAAUAUUUCAAAAUGAAAAUGAUUUAGACAAACCCGCUUAAACCUCUCUUGCCAUCCCUAUCACAAUAACUUAUGAGUACCAUCUGUCCAUCCCUACUUUGUUGUUGCAACCAAAUACAUCAAAUCCUAAUCAAUGACAAGUCUCCCCACGAUUAAAAUGAGUGUAAGUAAAUGUUCCCCUUGACUAAUGCAAAUGAGAGCAUGUUCAUUUCUUGAGUAGGAGGGACACCUUCAUUCAAUUCGUGUAAUAACUCGUCGACAUAUGUCAGUCCAUUGUCCCCAUCCUCUUUUCACCCUUCCCAUCUUCCCCAUUCCUUAUCUCAAAUCUCAAUCAUAUGAACAAAAACCCUCAUAUUUCCUUUCCUCCUCCAUUCCCAAAUUGAACACAAGACUACAUGGAAUAUGGAUGGUAUUGAAGUCAAGAUCCAUGCUCUUCCCCUACUCCUUAUGACCUUAUCUCACAUCUCAAUAGCAUCAACAAAAACCAUAAAAAAAAAACUCACCUUUAAAAUGUAAUGGAUAAGAUUUGAGUUGGUAUCAUAGAUCACGAUCCCUACAAGAUGUAGGAGUCAUGUUCGAGUUGUAUAUAUUGGGUUUUUUUAGUUCGUUUAUUUUGUCUCUAAAAGUAGUAAUUUCUAGUUUUGUGAUAGAUGUAUUUGUACAUUGUGGCCAGGGAAUAGGCAUAUGUAAUGUGAUGCAGUGGUGCAGAUAUGCGUUAUAUGUAUUACAAUCAACAAUGAAAGUUGAAUAGUACAAAUACAUGGACAACAGUCAACGUAGAGACAUUAAGGAUUGACAAGAAUUUCAUAGAUAAGAAACUUAUGUAACUUGUAUUUUAAUAAACUAAAAUCAAGAAAAUAAGGUUAAGAUACAUUAUCUUAAAUAUUGAUCAUUAUUAUAUUCAGAAUCCCCUUAUUAACAAGUUAUCAGUUGGCAUAAAUUAACUUGGACAAUUACCUAGUUAAUAAAUCUUAGAUUUUUUUUUUUUUUAACUACACUCUCCAAAAUUCACUUGUCAAUUGUUACUCACCCGUCACCCCACCUCCUCCUUUUCUGGUUUGCAUCUUUGCCUCAUCACAAUUCACAACUCGUAUAAAUCAACCCUCCGUCUCCCCUCUUCUCUUCCACACCCGAUCCCUUUUCCCUCAACCAAACCAAACAUGGAUUCAUCGCGGCUGCGACGGCUGUUGCUUCUGUUCGCGGCGGCGGCGCUGUUGGCCGGCACGGCGGAGUCGGACCUGGAGCAAGAAAAAACAGAGUGCGCGCCCAAGCUGGUCGGACUGGCCCCCUGCCUGCCGUACGUCGGCGGGGAAUCCAAAGCUCCGACCCUGGACUGCUGCUCGGGACUGAAGCAAGUGCUGGACAAGAGCAGGAAGUGCCUCUGCUUGCUGAUCAAAGACCGCGACGAAGACUUGGGGGUCAAAAUCAACAUCUCCCUCGCCGCUAACCUCCCAGGUUCCUGUAAAUCUCCCGUCAAUGUCUCCGAUUGCGUCAGUCUGCUUCACCUGAAGCCCAAUUCGACGGAGGCGAAGAAGUUCGACGGACUGGAUGAAAUCAUCGGUAAAGGAGCAAACAGCAGCAGUACUGCUACCGCCGCCGCCCCUUCUGCUGCUGCAUCGGCGGCGAGCGGGGGCAGAGCAACUGUCAUCGGCGGCGGUGGAAAUGCGAAUCAAAAGAGCAACCACGGAGGAGAUCAGGCAAGGAAGAGGAAGAAUCGCGAGUGGGUAGCUGUCACGGCGGUGGGUGUAUUGUGGGGAUUAAUCACGGGCUUCCCCUUCUUCUUCUGAGCUCCCAGCUACCUACCUAACUACAAUCAGCCAUACCGCCAUUACUGUAUUGUCUUUUGUCAUCUCAUAAUUUAAUCAAUGGCGACCCAAGUCUUAAUGCCACUUUGAAAUACAGUGGCCUCCGGCCGGCUGGUGUGUUAAUAAAUACUCAUCCAACCAAGGUCCCUCUUCUUUAACACACUCUGCUACAGAACAGAGUACAGCUACCCCAAUCUCUCUCUCUCUCUCUCUCUCUCUCUCUCUCUCUCUCUCUCUCUCUCUCUCUCUCUCUCUCUCCACCAUUGCAGUAUAUCGCCACGAUGAACAGAAAUCAAUGAUCCACAUACCACGCGGCGGAUAACAAAACAAUCACUAACGAUAAUUCAAAGUCCCCUCUGUAAAUAGGAGGGGAAAAAAGUAUUUCUUUUUGGCAAUAAUCUUGGCUCGACAAGACCGCCAAGCUACCGAUCAAGAUUAGGAUAAAUACCAUAUAGCUCGAAGACACCGUCUCCGCACUGAUAUAUUCACUCUCCUCCCCCGUCAACGAAAGCUCCCAGCUUCCGCCAACAAUGGCGCCUUCAAUCCCCUGUUUUGACCUGAAUCCCCGGGCCAUUUUCUCGUUCUUGGCCAUCAGUACCCUUUCCUUUUCAACAAUCCAAUCCCUCUCUGAAGACCUAGCAGCAGCUCCUCCUUCCUUGUACGAAAUCCUGCCCAAGUACGGUCUCCCUCCCCAGAGGGCUGUUCCCCGAUUCUGUGGUCUCCUACACGCUCGACGACGAUGGCAACUUGGCGGUGUCCUUGGCGAAGCCCUGUUAUUCAAUGUUGUACGCCAUGGCCCAUUACGACGAGAAGAUUACUGGGAGACCGAUCACGAAUUUGGAAUGGAUUCAGGUGAGGGGUUUGUUCGUGUGGUACCAAGUUGAAAAGAUUGUGGUCGAUUAUUGGGUUUACUUCGAAUAGUACACCAUCACCCAGGCCAGAAGAUUGAGGUAUUGGGAGUUCCUGAGUUCUCUUCUUCUGAUUAAAAAUUGCUUCUUUCUACUGACUUCUGUCACUUUAUCAUCAUCUUGCAGCUUCCAGCACCAGUGGUGAAGGAGACUCCAAUGAUAAUCACGCAGUAGCAGCUGCAGUAGUGGUUACGUUCUCUUGUGAAGGAAGAAGUGCAGAAGGCCGAAGGGGGUGAGUUAGUCGCGCACGAAUAAAGACGGUGUGUAUGUAAGUGUAGUGGUCAUCUAAAAAGACCAAAAACUUCAAGGAGUCUGUGAAAUAGUAUAUCUAUUGAUUGCUAUGGCACUAUGAAGACUCUACUACGUUGAUUUUCCUGCUGUGUUUCUUGUGUAAACUCCCAGCAACAGCAGCAGAUUUUUCUUUUCCACUACUUAAUCCUUCCAAAGGCUGGGAAAAUAGAUCAGGCCGUUACAAAAAUCAUUGUCUAAACCGUACCGUACAGUUUGGUCUAGAACGUAGACUGUUAAGUAUGGUUUGGUCUAAUCCAUAGUCUAUAUUAUUUGAUAUUUUAAUCUCUUGAUCUGGUCUAGUCAAGACCGCGGUUUACCAUACCAAACCGUGAACCCAACCUACUUUUCAAUAAGUGUUAAUAGCACAUUCGACCACUCUCCCAACUCCCACAACGACACCCAACUCUCAACCUUAAUUUUGAGAAUCUCGUCCCCUCCUCCAUUCACAACCACAUUUCACUAGAGAGUAGAGAUAAUCGUAGCCCCAUGUGAAAUUAUGUUUAUGACGUUAUGGUACAGGUUGGGUGUCAAAAUUAUUCAUGCAUGUAAAAGUUAAUGUUUUAAGGCAAAAAAAUAAAUUUGUUUCUUGGUUAUUGGUUCAACUUUUGUGUGAUUCACUAAACAAAUUGUUAAUUUUUCG